CCACGGCGUCCGCACCGUCGCUCUUACCGACUCUUUGUCACUAUAAAUUUAAUUGUUCCUACUACUCGCCCAGGCUCUCACCACCAUAGCCUCAACCUCCAGCACUACUUUGGCUAGGAAACAGCUUUGUGAUCUCCUCUGUGCUUCUCAUUUCAUGCAGAGAAGCUUCACCGUGUUGCUGAAGUUUCUUUAAGCAGAAUUAGACGUCAUUCUAGCGUUUUAGUAUAAAGUGAGUACGACACGUCGUCGGAGGCGUAUUUUGUACUCUUACAAGGCAUUCCCUCUUUGAUACCCUAGUCUUCCUUCCAAGGUGAGUAGAAGAAAAAAAAAAAUAAACAAACCGGGUCUUGUUUGACUUUUUCAUCAACGGAGCUCUAAUUUCUUUGUUUUCUACUUUAACACUGUUUCUCUUCGUUCGUUUUCUGCAUUGUACAUAAAGCUUUUAUCGCGACUUUGAGUUCUCCAGAGCCAAAAUGACUGUUGAUAGUGAUUUCGACUACAACGACUCGGGAGAUGACUCUUUUGUCGCUCCUGCACCAAAACGACCCGCUUCUCGUGGUCGCAAGGCAGCUGGAACUGGAUCGCGGUCAACAUCCAGAUCCGUGUCCAGGUCUGGUUCGGGUUCCUCUCAUGAACCAACUCCUGAACCUCUAGCUGAGGUCAACAAAAAUGUCCCCAGUGCUUCUCAGCAGUACCAAAGAAUCUCUCCUCGAGAGCACGUUCUUCGUCGUCCAGAUACAUACAUUGGUAGUGUUGAAAAAACAGAGAUGCCAAUGUGGGUUUAUGACUCAGAGCAAAACAAGAUGGUGUAUAAAGAAGUGAACAUCGUCCCUGGUCUUUACAAGAUAUUCGAUGAAAUCAUCGUAAACGCGGCCGAUAACAAGGUCCGUGAUCCCACAAUGAACACAUUGAAGGUUGAGAUCGAUCCCGAAGCCAAUGUGAUCAGUGUUUAUAACAACGGUAAAGGUAUUCCCGUGGAAAUACACGAGAAGGAAGGAAUCUACAUUCCCGAACUUAUUUUCGGACAUCUGCUCACGUCCAGUAACUACGACGAUAACCAGAAAAAGGUCACUGGUGGUCGUAAUGGUUACGGUGCUAAGCUCUGUAACAUUUUCUCGCACGAGUUUACCGUUGAAACUGCCGACAAAUUGCGAAUGAAAAAAUACAAACAGACAUGGACGGAAAACAUGUCCAAAAAGUCGGAGCCUAAGGUUGUCGACAUGAAACGUGCUGAUGAAUAUACAAAAAUUACAUUCAAGCCAGACCUUGCUAAAUUCGGCAUGACGAAACUUGAUGACGAUUUGGUCUCCGUCGUUAAGCGUCGUGUCUACGAUAUGGCGGGUACCAUUCCCGACAUUAAGGUGUUCUUGAAUAACGAGCGCAUCAACAUCAAAAAUUUUAGAAAGUAUGUGGAACUGUUUGUUAGUUCCUUGCGGAAUCGCACUGACUCAACCAAACCCCCCACCAUCCUCUACGAUCGGCCAAACGAGAGAUGGGAGGUUGCUUACACUCUUUCAGAUGGCCAGUUCAAAAAUAUCUCUUUCGUCAAUAGUAUCGCAACAACUCGUGGUGGUACCCACGUAAACUAUGUUGCAGAUGAAAUUGUGAAGCGUGUGCAAGCUGAAUUCUCUAAAAAAAAUAAACAUGCGGCACUUAAGCCUUUCCAAAUUAAGAAUAAUCUUUGGCUCUUUAUCAAUUGUCAAAUUGUUAAUCCAUCAUUCGACUCACAAACAAAAGAGACGCUCACUACGAAGCCCUCGGCGUUUGGUUCCAAAUGUGACCUUAGUGACACUUUCUUCAAGCAACUUAUCAAAAGUGAAAUUAUAGCUGUUUGUUCGGAAUUGGCCAAGGCUAAGGCUGACCAACAAAUGAGUAAGACUGAUGGCAAGUCUCGUUCACGUAUCACCGGACUACCAAAGCUCAGUGAUGCGAACAAGGCCGGUACUCGUGAGUCCAAAAAAUGUACACUUAUUCUCACUGAGGGUGACUCUGCUAAAACGUUGGUCGUGUCUGGUCUCGGUGUCGUUGGUCGAGACUAUUACGGCGUAUACCCUCUGCGAGGUAAAUUGCUUAAUGUUCGCGAAGCCUCAUAUAAUCAAAUCAUCAACAACAAAGAAAUCCAGGCUAUUAAAAAGAUUCUUGGUCUAGCACACAACAAGAAGUACACAAGUACUGAUGGUUUGCGUUACGGCCAUUUGAUGAUCAUGACAGAUCAGGAUCACGAUGGUUCACAUAUUAAGGGUUUGAUUAUCAACUAUUUAGAAUCCACGUACCCUAGUUUGCUUCACCUUGAGGGUUUCUUGAUUGAGUUUAUUACCCCUAUUGUUCGUUGUAGAAAAGGUAGGGAAAUCAUUUCUUUCUUCACUCUUCCCGAGUUUGAUUACUGGAAGGAAAACAAUAACAACGGUCGCGGAUGGAGUAUUAAAUACUACAAGGGUUUGGGUACAUCUGAUGCUAAAGAUAUGAAAGAGUACUUCUCUGCCCUUGACCGCCAUAUCAAACAAUUUCAUACUAUUCAAGAUGGUGAAAAUGAUUUAAUUGAUAUGGCCUUCUCAAAGAAAAAGGCCGACGUUCGUAAGGAAUGGUUGCGCACUUACCAUCCUGGUCUUUAUAUUGAUCAUUCACAACCCGUCAUCGAGAUCAAGAACUUCAUCAACCAAGAACUUAUUCUGUUCUCUAUGGCCGAUAAUAUUCGGUCUAUCCCGUCGGUAGUUGACGGUUUGAAGCCCGGUCAGCGUAAAGUUAUUUACGGUAUGUUUAAGAAGAACUUGAAAAACGAAGCAAAGGUUGAACAGCUUGCCGGUUAUAUCAGUGAGCAGACCGCUUAUCACCAUGGUGAAACUUCUUUACAACAAACCAUUAUCGGUUUGGCUCAUAAUUUCGUUGGAAGUAACAACAUCAACCUGCUGCUUCCGAAGGGUCAAUUCGGUUCGCGUAUUGAGGGUGGUAAAGAUGCUGCACAACCCCGUUAUAUUUUUACUAUGCCUUCUCGUAUGGCCCGUCUACUUUUUGAUAAGCGCGACGAUCCAAUUUUGAAUUAUCUCAACGAUGAAGGCUUGUGGGUUGAACCAGAUUACUACGUUCCUAUUGUUCCUAUGCUGUUAGUGAAUGGUGCGGAAGGUAUUGGUACUGGUUGGUCAACCUUUAUCCCAAACUUUAACCCUUCUGACCUUGUUAAGAAUAUUCGCCAUUUAAUUAAAAACGAGCCUCUUGAGCCAAUGCAUCCUUGGUACCGUGGUUUUAAGGGUACCAUUCAGCAAAUGACUCCGGAUCGUUACAAAGUCAGUGGUAUCAUUGAACAAGUCAGUGAUGACACCGUCGAUAUCACCGAACUUCCCGUCCGUCUUUGGACUCAAGAUAUGAAAGAGUAUCUUGAGAGCUUAAUGGCAGCGGACAAACAAGGCUCCUUUAUUAAGGAUUAUACAGAAUAUCACACGGAAGAGAACGUCCAUUUUCGUGUUAAACUCACAAAAGAGGGUAUGGCAACUGCGCUUGCCGAAGGUUUGGAAAACAAAUUUAAGGUCGCUCGUACCCUGGCCACCAGUAAUAUGGUGGCUUUUGAUCCUCAAGGUCGUAUUCGUAAGUACGAUAGUGCUUAUGAUAUUCUCAAGGAGUUCUAUGAAGUUCGUUUGCGUUAUUACCAAAGACGUAAAGAACAUCUUGUUAAUGACCUUGAAACCGUUUACACAAAGAUUUCAAACCAAGCUCGCUUUAUCCACAUGAUUAUUGAGGGCACGCUUGUGGUUGCUAAAAAGAAGCGUAGUGUCUUGGUACAAGAGUUGAGAGAAAAGGGCUUUAAGGCUAUUCCCAAACCUAAGAAGGGACGUUUGGCUGAAAUUGCUGCGCAAGAAACUGCAGCUAAUCGGGAUGCUGACGACGAUGCCGAAGAGGAAGACGCGAGUCCUGAAGCCGAUGACUUUACCUAUCUUCUGAACAUGCCUGUUUAUUCGCUUACCUAUGAGCGUUACAUGAACUUGUUGAAGAAGAAAGGUGAAUGCGAAGAGGAGCUCGACAAAUUGAUGAAGAUUACUCCUAAAGAUAUUUGGUUGACCGACCUUGAAGGAUUUGAAAAGGAAUGGGAGAAAGAAUUGGACGAGGAUGCGAAGACUCGUUUCCAAUCCGGUCCCAACAGCAGCAAUGCUCCCGCAAUUCGUAAAAAGCGUACUACAACCAAACGCGAACCUGCCGUCAAGAAGGAACCCGCUGUGAAAAAGGAAGCUUCAUCGAAAUCGGAUCUAGCUUCCGCCAAGGCAGCGACAAAAACAACAAAACGAAAAACUGCGACAACGCGACAGCGAAAAACAACGGCGAAGCAAGGGCAAUUGACUGACUUUGGUAUAACCAAAGAUAAUUCGUCACCGAAGGAGACUCCGGUAAAAAGUGAAGUCGUCGAUGAUUCGGCGCCGUUUGUGCUAGAAGCAGAUUCGCCUGGUUCGAGUGUUGAGGCUUCUGUGAAAAAACGCAGCUCUUCUUCCUCACCGGAUGACUUAGAUGAAGUUGCAUCUACUGCACCAAGAAAGUCUGCUCGAACGACAAGUUCAUCCUCUAGUCGUUCCAGCAAAAAGACACCGUUACGUCCGGUGAAGCGUACGGUUUUCUCGUCUGAUUCGGAAGAUGAUGAUUUGCUGCUUUCGCAGCCGAUUGCAUCUGUGAAGCCUAGUUCCAAAGCAAAGCGUACCGCCGCUUCGCGUACGCCGACCGUUCACAGCCCACUGGCAACAUCUUCUUCAAGCUCUCCGGCACCUGUUGAGUCAUCUACUCCCGAAGCCUCUUCCACCAAGGAAAUCAGCGUUGAUUCGGACGAUGAUGACGGAUCUCCUGCACCAGUGAGAACUACUCGCCGUCGUGCUGCACGCCGCGCCGUUUACGUGGAGCCAUCACUGGACAGCAUCAACGAGCAAAGCAUCAUUUCGGAGGAUCCGGAAGAUGACAGCUUUAUUGUCGACGAUGAUUACGAGGAAGAUGAUGAGUAGACAAAAGCCGUGACUUGUUCUCAUAUUUAGCUAUCUCAAGAAGCAUAUUACGCACAUAAGUUUUAAUUACUUUCGUUAUUCGUUCUCCUCAUGAAAAUACGUUAUGUUUAGGAAAGGACAUGGAAAUAUAUGGCAAAAAAUGCUUUUCAUUAUAUUUACGAAAAAAAGGAAGAUAUUUGUUAAGCAAAUUUAUAACGAAAAAGACCAACUAAUAAAAAUUGUUCUUUUUCUCUUUU